AUGCCUCCCUUAAUACAAAGUGCUUUUCAGACCCGCAAACCAGGCCUUAGUCCUGCUGAAUUCAAUACCUACUACGAAACCAUUUAUCUGCCUCUGCUCGUCUCCUUACAAGGCUCCUCCUUCCUCAAAAGCCACACCCGUAGCUACGUUAUCCGCACUGCAUGCGAUGCUUCAUCCUUCGAUACAUCAAACUCGAACUAUCGAGCCAGUGUAUAUUAUGGCACAGAUCAUCAAGAUAUCGAUUACGAUAUAUAUAGUGAGAUGAUUUUUGAAGAUGAGAAAGCAUUCAAGGCUUUUGAGAAGGUGAUGUUGGAAGAUCAACAAAAUUUUCAAGGGCCGGGAGGUCUUAAGGUCGUGGGUCUUGAGGUUUUAGAAGCUACGUUGAGACCUUCCAAAUAG